UCAAGAGAUAUAAAAAUGGAAAUUCUGGACAAAGUUGCUCAGGUAGCUUUUGGCUUAAAGGCUUAUCCAGAUCAUAAUGAACUUGAAUCGAUUGCUUAUGCUUUGAUACUCAAAUACCCUUGCCUCAAAGAACCUGGUAAAGGAAAAGGUUAUGAAGGRUGGCUGGUCAGCAUUAGGAACAAGCUCAAUAAUUACAGAGCAAAGUUGCGAGAGGCAGGUUGCAGUGAAGUCUCUGUUAACAAGAAACAGAAAGCAGAUGGAGACACAACUAAGUACACCCUGAAAAGAGCUAAACGUGGAGAGGUUAACCAUGUUCCUGAACACCCAGAGCAGCACAGUGAUGCCUCACUUGAGGAGGAAAGAMUUCUUUUAGUGGAAGCAACCAAGAAGGCACGUGUGGACAGUACUCUCAUCAGAGAGAAGAUGGAUUUAACUUUCUCRUUGAGAAGAAAGGAGGUGGUGGAGGAGCAACCCAUGGUGAUGGAAAUACAGAAGAGAUGGCCUGCUUUGCUUUGGAAAGACCAGAUCUGUGAGGAGUUUUUCCGCAUCACAAACAAAGAUUUGAUAGGGACAUUCAGAGCUGCAGUGGACAAUUACGUCCCUAAACUUCUGCGGCUAUACCGUGCCCGUAAAGGAUGCUUUGGAAAGGAAAUGGAAAAUCUCCUUGGGAGACUUGAUGAUGAGACCUCUAACAUCAUUGGACAUCGCAGGGAUGUUGCACUUCGAGGCCUUCCAGUGUUCCUUCGUGAAGAUCCCAAAGAACUUUUCAAAGAGUGUCUUGAGACUGAUCCAGAAGAAGAGGCAACCAAGGGUGUGGCUGUGGGCCUACUGUUUGUUCUGGAGGACUGUGGUGCAGCAGUGKCUUCUACAUCAGUGCAGAGCAUCGAUAUUAUUCUGGAGGAAGCAAUAGUUCUUGAUGACAUCCAAGAUCUUCCAACAGCGUUGGCAUAUCUUUUUGGCCUUCUCUAUGCUGUAAAUAUUUCUUACCCAAAGRCUCUGAAGUACACUUUUGAUGCACUUCAAAACAU